AUGUCCUUUCUGGGCGGUCUCUUCAACCGCUUUUCUACAACUGCUACCCCCGCGAGCAGCAUGGUAUAUCCCGAUAAACGAACCGAAGACGAAUGGCGAGCCGUUUUAAGCCCCUCUCAAUUUCGCGUUCUUCGUGACAAAGGCACGGAGGCUCCAUUCUCAGGCGAAUACGACAAACACCGCCCCGAAUCGGGCGUCUACAAGUGCGCCGGCUGUGAUGCGCCGCUCUAUAAAGCGGAGCACAAAUUCUCCUCGGGGUGCGGCUGGCCUGCAUAUUUCGAUUGCAUCCCCGGUGCAGUAACACGCCAUGAGGACAACUCACAUGGCAUGACAAGGACGGAAAUCGUCUGUUCAAACUGUGGAGGCCAUCUCGGCCAUGUAUUCAAAGGAGAAGGGUAUUCAACACCAACAGACGAAAGGCAUUGCGUUAAUAGCAUUAGUCUAAAGUUUGCUGAUGAGACCAAUGGGAAAUAG